AACUUAAAUGGCCCAGUAUAGAUUUUCCUUUAGUAUUUAUACCGUAUAUUUAAAUUAAAUUUUACACUCACACACUGUAAAAAAACCCUGUACAUUUGUGAGUUUGCUUGUUCCAAAAGAAGUCUAUAUUUCCCUCUCAAACUUCAAAGCAAUUAGGGGCUUUAUUCCAAAUCUUUUUGAACUAGUUAUGGUUGAAGGGGCCUGUGAUUUCUAAUCGAGACUGAAGAGUGGGGUGGCCUAAUAUAUAAACCAACUUGCACCAAUGCACAACCAAAUUCAGCUCCCAGCUACCUCGCCCUUCCAACAUGAUCAAGGUAUUCCAUAUCAACAUUUUAUGAAUUUCGUAGUCCUCGCCAUCGCCAUCUCUGCAGUGCACUGCCAGUACGGCGGCUACCACCAGGAGGCCCCGCAGUACCACGAGGAGCAGUACUACGACCCUCCUCACUACCAGUUCCACUACGACGUCCGCGACGAGCACACCGGCGACAUCAAGAGCCAGCACGAGCAGAGGGAGGGGGACCACACCCAAGGAGAGUACAGCCUCGUCGAACCUGACGGCUCCUUGAGGGUGGUCAAGUACGUCGUCGAAGGAAAGUCUGGAUUCCAAGCUGAGGUUCAGAAGGAGAAUGGCAAGUACAAGCCAGCUCCCGAACCAAGCUACAGGAAGCCUGAACCAUCCUACUACAAACCCAGAUAUUGAACGAAGACUUAAAUGGUUAAAUAGUUGUUUGUAUUUUAUUUAUUUUUUUAUAUAAAUACAUUUUUUA